UUUGUUUCUUCUCGCAGAUUUGCUUAUUUAUAUGCAGACCCAGGGCUUGUUCUCGGUACCAUCUCCUUUUUCUCUCGCGCAACAUCACGCCUUGGUCGAACCAUUUCCAAGCUGCUCCAGGCCUCCACCGUACUCGUAAUGCCUUCUCUGAGAUUCCCCAAGAAUUUUCCUGAAAUUCUUGGGGUGAGGUGGUUCAAUGUCGCGGUAUUGGCGACCACACCGUGUAUAUCGCUUGUAGGGCUACUCCUGCAACCAGCACGUCGUCAAACCGUUUGGUUUGCGAUCUUUUACUAUGCUUUCACUAUGUUGGGUAUCACAGCCGGCUAUCAUAGACUUUGGUCACAUCGGGCGUACAACGCGUCUCUUCCCCUUCAAUUGCUGCUAAUGGCAGGCGGGACAAGUGCAGUCCAAGGUUCUUGCUACUGGUGGUCUCACGCGCACCGUUCGCACCAUCGCCACACGGACACAGAUCGCGAUCCCUAUAACUCUAGUCGCGGUCUUCUAUGGACUCAUUUCGGAUGGAUCAUCUUCAAAACAACUUUGCGUAAAGGGUCGGCAGAUAUCUCAGACCUCCGUAGGGAUUCCCUCAUACAAUUCCAGCACAGAUGGUAUUUUCCACUCGCCCUUCUCUUUGGAUUUGUGGUUCCUUCCAUAAUACCCGGUUUGCUAUGGAGAGAUUGGUCCGGUGGAUUCUAUUUCGCAGCUGUCAUGCGUCUGACUGUGGCUCAUCACAGCUCGUUUUGCAUCAACUCCAUAGCUCACUAUCUCGGAGAUUCUCCGUAUGAUGAUAGACACUCCCCCCGCGACCAUUUCCUUUCCGCAAUUCUAACGAUGGGUGAGGGAUACCACAAUUUUCACCACCAAUUCCCCAUGGAUUAUCGGAAUGCCUUUUUGUGGUACCAAUAUGACCCUACGAAGUGGUUCAUCGCGAUAUGCUCCUUCUUGGGUCUCGCUAAUAACCUCCGCGUGUUUCCGAGCAAUGAGAUAGUUAAGGGUGCCCUAGCAAUGAAGCUCAAAACUUUGAAGCAGGUGCAGGAUUUGGUCCAAUGGCCUACACCCCCGGAAAAGCUACCAGUAGUGACUUGGGAGACCUUCCAGGAAGAAUCUACAUCUCGCACGCUGAUCCUCGUGUCUGGUUUCAUUCAUGAUGUCUCAUCAUUUGUCGAGGAGCACCCCGGGGGCCCUCGGCUUCUUACCAAGAAUUCGGGCUUAGAUAUGACGGCCUCGUUUUUCGGAGGCUACUAUUCUCAUUCAAAUGCAGCGCAUAACCGCCUUUCGAUGAUGCGGGUCGGUGUGCUCGCCGGUGGUGUAGAGAGCGUCGCCGAACACGCCACCCCGGAGUCACAACGUUUGUACAUUACCGAGCGGCGUGUUUCCUCUUUGGAGUCGGAGAUUGCAUCCAAAGUAGUUACGAAGUACGUGUAAUCCAUGCCCUUAAUCACAAGUUACCUUCCCUAUCUUCAUAGAUAGAUAGAUAUUAUUUACGGGGACGCAAUGUACGCACUUACGACGUGCCCACUAUGCCAUUAUAAUGUCACCUUUCGGAUUCCGACGACCAUUCACAUUCAAAUUCUCCAGCGCAAAUCCUGGACAUGGUCACCACGGAGCGGAAAUGAUAACGACACAACAAAGAAGGAAUGACCGUGCUCAUAUGAGCUUGUGUGUUACCGUGUUCCAAAUAUUCUCGCCGAAUACCCAGUUUUCCUUCAAGCCUC